AAUAUAUCAGCGAUACGAUAUUUUAAAAAUAUUUGACAUCCCUACUCAGCAGGCUAAUGUACAAUAGAAUAUAAGUUUCUCAAGUUCUAACUGAAAGUAGGCCAAACAACGUUUCAUAUUUGCCAAAUUCACAGCAGUGUUAAGUUUCAAAAAAGUUCCAUACAAGACACACAACCGCAGGGAGUCCGGCACGAUGGCGAUGACUCUGAACAUUGGCUCUGUGAAGCUAAACAAGUGGCAGCUGGCGCUUAUCCUGGGAACUCCUUUGGCCAUCGGACUGGGCACCUAUGCGGUAAAGCGAUGGAACGCUGCCCCCAAGGAGGCGGACGGGGAGAAGAAGCGGCCGAAGGCCAAGUUCGAGAAGCAGCCCAUCUCCCUGGACGGCACCGCACCGGACAAGGAGCUGGAGCGCAAGAAGAAGUCCGCCGAGCUGGGCGAGAAGCUGUCGCCGCUUAAGGAGGCCAACAACUACAAGACGGAGGGCAACAACUGCUACCGGAAUGGAAAGUACGACGAAGCCAUUAACUUCUAUGACAAGGCCAUCGACAAGUGCCCCAAGGAGCAUCGCACCGACAUGGCCAUUUUCUACCAGAACCGCGCCGCCUCCUACGAGAUGCUUAAGAAGUGGGCAAAGGUCAAGGAGGACUGCUCUGCCUCGCUGGAGUUUAAUCCGCGCUAUGCCAAGGCAUACUACCGACGUGCACGUGCUCACGAGGCCACCAAGGAUAUGGUGGAGUGCCUGGACGAUGUCACCGCUACCUGCAUCCUGGAGAUGUUCCAGAACAAUCAAACCAUCAUGUUCGCGGACCGAGUGCUUAAGGAGACUGGGCGUGUGGACGCCGAGAAGGGUAUGCGCAGUAGGGUGCCGGUUGUGCCGUCCGCCUGUUUCGUGAACACCUACAUGCGCUCCUUCAUCGCGGAUCCGCUGCAGACCUUGGAACUACCCGCCCCGGAGUCGGACGCACUUGCAAAAGGUUUUGUGCGGGCCCACCGCGCUUUCCUCGAGGAAAAGUUUGAGGACAUCAUUCCCGCCUGCACUGAAGAGAUUGAAUCCUCCGAAGCCGAAGCGCAGUACAAAGUUGAGGCUCUUCUCAUGCGAGGCACCUUCCACCUCCUGUGCGGCUCAUAUUUAGAGAGCCAGCAGGACUUUGAUGCCGUCUUAGGAAACGCUGAUGCUGAUCCCAAUCUGCGGGCCUACGCAUAUAUAAAGCGAGCUGCCCUCUACAUCCAGCUGGACCAGCGCGAAAAGGGCUUGGCUGACUUUGACGAGGCGGAAAAGCUGAAUCCAGACAACCCGGAUGUGUACCACCAGCGUGCCCAAAUUCUUCUGCUGCUGGAACAGAUUGAACCCGCUUUGACCGAGUUUGCCAAGGCGGUGCGCAUUGCGCCCAACCACGCCAUCGCCCUCGUCCAGAAGUGCUAUGCCGAGUACCGCCUGUCGCUUUUGGCCGGCGACCAGAGGCGACUGGAGGGCGUGAUGCACACAUUCGCUGAGGCCAUCGAGCGGUUCCCCAGCUGCGUUGAGUGCUACAGCCUAAUGGCUCAGGUUCUGGCCGACCAGCAGCAGUACAACGAGGCGCAGCAGUAUUACGAGAAAGCCAUGAAGCUUGCGCCCAAGAAUCCGGCCCUUAUUGUUCACCAGGCUAUCAUGGUGUUGCAGUGGCGCGGAGACAUUGAGGCAGCCGUUCAGUUGCUCAACAAGGCGAUCGAAGUGGAUCCCAAAUGCGAACUGGCGUACGAGACACUAGGAACCGUGGAGGUGCAGCGCGCGCAGCUCAAGCGGGCCGUGGAACUAUUCGAAAAGGCGCUGCUCUAUGCCAAAAGCCAGGCAGAGCUCGUGCACGUCUACUCGUUGCGUAACGCGGCGGUGGCCCAGAUCAAUGUUACCAAGAAGCUGGGCAUCGAUAUGAACUCGGUUUCAGCCAUGGCACAGUCAGGUUUAAUGCCCCAGGGCGUCGUGUAAAGUUUGCAACCCGUGUUUUGGAAUUGAAAGACCGAAGAAGCGAGAGCGGAGCAUUUAGCUAGACCAUCACCAGCAGACCUACUCUAAUUAAGUUAAUAUCGACCAUACCUGUUAUUUAUAUAUAUAUAAAGCUUGUUUACGUUUAUGCUCCUAGCUAUAGCAUAGAAAUUGUCAUGUAUUAUGCUACAUAUGUAAUCUAGAAUCUGUUGCCUAAGGAAUCCAGUAAGACAAAACCCGUAGCUUAUGUUUUAGCGUAAGAUUAAACUAAUAACAAGCAA